AUGAAGAAAGAGGUGGAUAGUGAGUUUGAAUUAGGGGGUGUACAUCAUGGGGGUGAUGAGUAUUUUUUAAAAUUGCCCAAAACUGAGGUACCCGAGAAGAAUCACGAUGAGGUAUUGAGAGAUAAUAACAGAAGGAUAAAUGAGAGAAGUGAAAGGUUGUUGAAGAGACCCAAGAAAAACUAUUUAAGUGAGGAAAAAGUUGUAGAGCCGCCUCAGAUGUUCGCUUACCAAACUGGGGGGAGAAGGAACGGGGGUGGGGCUGGAGAGGAGGAGGUAGAAGCGGAGGAAGAGGAGGAGCAGGACGAAGUCCUUCAGCUUCAGGACACAAAACAUAAGGAAAAGAAACACCACAAGGAGAAACAUGAGAAGGGUGGGGGUGAAGAGCAUCAUUCCCACCAUAAAUCCAGCUCGGGGAAGAAGGGAGAUAAGGGAUACAAAGGGUACCACAAGCAUGAAAAGGGGGAAAAAGGACAUCACGAUAAAGAGUCCCAUAAAGGGGUGUACGAGGAUACAAAGGGGAAGAAAAAGAAACACAAGGAAGAAGCGGGACAUUAUGGGGCACAUCAUAAAUCGGAAAAAGGUAAAAAAGGGGCGAAAUUCGGGGAGUCAGGUGAACACAAAAAGGGGCACAGCACAAAGGGGGAACAUAAUAUUCAUAAAAAAGAUGAGUACCUGAAGAAACACGAGUUUUAUGACGAGCAUCAUGAGGGAGGUGAACAUGAAAAACAUGGAGGUUUCCAUUCUCAUCAUGGACACAAGAAGGGUGGUAAACACAAGUCGGGACACCACAAAUCGGGACACCAUGAAGGACACCACGGCAAGAAGGGACACCACAAGAAGGGUGGACACCAUAAGGACCAUAAGGGCCAUAAGGAGGCGGCUGGACAUGAGAAGCACCACAGCCAUAAGAGCGAGUACGGCAAGAAGGGCGGUCAUAAAGAGGGCAAGAAGUGGGGGUACAGUCAUAAGAAGGACUAGGAGGUGGAUAAUGGAUAGGGGUGUCUUGCUUGCUUCAAAUCGACGACAAAUUUUAUGACUUCAACGAAGACUUGACUUCACAGAUGAAUGAUGACAUCCCGAUAACCUGGAAUUUUGAAGAAACGAACAAAUUCGAGGGAUUUGAAACAAUAUUACGUAGAGUAAGCGAAAUCUUCAAACUGGUUUCAUUCAUUCACCUCACUCAUUAUCUGUAACUUUGUUUAUUUGUAGGUUUUGUAAAAGAUUGCCGAAUAUGAUUCCAAAGAUAGUUUUAUAUUAAUGUUGUGAUACUGAAUU